UCGGCGAAUGCAGUUCGUAUUUUUUAUGCAUUUAAACGGCAUAAUUUUUGAAUAACGUCAUAGUUUUAUUUUAUUUGGCAGCGUAUAAUGCGUAAUGCGCGGUCCGCGUCGCGAGGUACCGGCAGUCACACAGCUGUGGGGCUGCUGCGCGCGCUCUGGAAAAGAUACGAGCAUCACUGCACGCAGACUGACAGCUGUCCAUGCAAACUGCUUAAAGAAGACAUUUUCCUGCAAAUCGAAAAGCAACAGACUCUCAAAAAGAUUACACUGUCAUUUCCAGAUUACACACCAUCAGACUCCGUUUUGCCAAGCCUCCAGCCCCUGUUAAUGGCUUUACGAGACGAACGUUACACACAUGUAGAGGAGUUAAACAUCAGGAAACUGUCUCUAGAACAAAAAGACAUAGUUGAGCUGUGUCUUCUGUUGGAGAGGGGGGGAAGAACAGUAUAUCCCAUCAGAUUACUGGAGCUCGUCGAUUGUAAACACAGUGACUGGUAUCUGGAAAGACUCGGAAAGGCCGUGAAGAGCAGCUUUAUCACCACACUCUGCCUGGACUACACACACAUGAGUGAAGGGUUGAAAGGUCUUCUCCGUGGUGGAUUGGGGGCCAGUCAAAUACGAUCCUUGAGUUUGUGUUAUUGUGGUUUAGGAUCGUGGAGCGGAACUGUGCUAGCUUCACUCUUCACCAAAAGUUCAGUGAGGGAGCUCUUCAUCAAUGGCAAUGAGUUGCAGUGUGUGGGAGCCACUGAGCUGCUGAGACCUCUUGCUUUAAACAGCCAGAAAAGGGCAGAGACCCUAAACAUGACCAUAUCAAACACAGGGAAGAAGACAAGGAAGAGAAGAGCAAAAACCGAAAGCCGUCCUGAGGUGAAGGGGAGACCCUGGCUAAAAAAGCUGCACAUGUUUGAUAACUCUAUUGAUGACCAGGUGCCAAGCCAGCUAAAGCUAUUCAUGGAGCUCAUCUGCAUUCUGGUGAAAUUCUCUAGUGACCUGACCGAACUGGACCUUGGUGAGAAUCACAUCGGAGAAGCUGGUGGGAAAGAGCUUUUGGAGGCCCUAAAAGAGAGGAAAGCAGCUAAACUCUCAGCAAUUAAAAUUCAAGUCUCAACACGGAUGUCGACCGAAACUUUCAGUGCCGUUUUGAAAAAUUCAAAGAAGCUUAAAUCUGGAAAAAGAAAACAACAGAAGACGGUACAGUAUUUGAAGAGUUCAAAUGUUUUUUAUUGUGCAUUCCAAGUAAUAUCAAUCCAACUGCAGUUGGGUUGUAUUGAUUAAGUAAUAGUUACUAACACAAUAGCUAACACAAUAAGAAAUAGAUCUUUGCAAGGAAACACUUUACUUUCAGACAAUGAAGCAUUUUACAACUAAAUGAUGCAUGAUCUAAUCCCAGAUCUCCUAACAGUGUAACCACAGUUAAUCACAUUUUCUGUAAAAUUGUUCCUCUGACGUCUUGCAUCCAGAAAAUGACCAAAUACUUUUCAUAUUGAUAUAUAAAAGUGUCAUUGUGAAUGUUUCUGUAAAAAAAUGCCCCGUGUCAGUUUUUUUAUCUAAUGCGAUAAUAAGCACAUUUGUGACUUAUGUCAUUAUAUUGUUGGUGCCAAUAUAUUUGCUGUCUUUCACAAUAGGUUGUGGGAGUGAAUUUCUGUCAAAUAUGCUAAUUCUUGUUUUAUGAUUUCUAAAGGGGAAAAUGAAGUAGUUCUGGAUCUCUAUGGGGGUCUUUACAUGACUGAUGCUGAUGGACUUUGAAAUAAUGUUUUUGGUUAUAUGAAAUGUUUUUUCAGACUAUUUUUAUUAUGUUUUUAACAUGUUCCAAAAGUUUGACAUGGAAUUGUGUUUGAGCAUUGCACCAGAGACUGCAGAUUUCUGAAGUAUUCAUUUGUCAUCAGUGGAGCUAUAAAUCACAAUAUUCUGUUUCCACAUUGAGAGCUUCAGUUUGCAUGAGGUUUUUUGUUUUUUAGCACGUUUUGCUUUUAAUACCUAAAAUGUUGUUUAAAUAGCUCAUAAUAUCAAUCAAAAGUGUCAACAGAUUUGUGAGGUUUUAGAAAAAAGCUGUAGUGACAGAAAAUAUACCGUAAUUUUUUCCCCCCUGUAAUAUGACAGGAUACAAUGAUAUAUAAAAUAUUGUUUUCCCUA